UGGCGAUCGCGAAGAACCACCUUCCACCUUUACACAACAAUCAUCGGCUUGCUCUUCAGAGUUCAGACGGUGUCUGUACUGUCCAGGCUGUCUGAACCGCCCGAGGCCGGUGCUUAAGUCUACCCAUGGCGGCUACUGCAACUGCUGCCGCGAAAGCUGUCAAACGGUUUCGCGUAGAAAAUCUACCUCGCCAACAGCUACGUGCAGCCGUGCAGACGAAACACACGAAUGCUGAACGACCGAUAGUCAAGGCGGCCAAUCCAUUCCUUCCCAGUCAAAUUGCGUACAAUGGGCAUUGGGUCAAACCUCGGUACUCAUUACGGCGGCAAAAAGAAUUGGUGAAGAAAGCCAAGAUGUCUGGGAUGGUCGGGUUGCUUCCGCCUGGCCCCAAGCUCUCUGUCCAGGAGAUUGAAGCCGCCAGACUUGCGCAGACCGUCUCUGCCAGGCCGGGCAAGCUCCAAGACUGGUGGUUGAGACCCGUCGAAUGGUCUGCCGAGCCUGAAAGGACCAAACCUGCACCCAAGGUCGACACGCCGACGCAACCCAUCUCGACGUUGUCCGUCUCUUCUGUCGAUGAAGCGCAGCAGCAAGCCAAGGCGCGCCUGCGCCAGGAGCGUGCGGCCCUGCGGGUCAAGAGGAGAGAAAUGGUCCAGGAGGCGAAGAAGUGUGGCUUAGUGGCAAUGUACAUCGGGAGGAAGCGGAUGUUCAAGGGACACAAGUGGGAGAGGGUCUUGGCCGACAGGCGUCGCAAGCACCGUAUUUUGAUGAGGGACAUGGCGAAGCGGGUACAGAAGUACAAAUCGUUCUACCGCAAGAGAAGGCCGAGCCCCCUCGCUGUCCCUCGGGCAAACAACCAGAAGCUCCCCUUCUAAGUCCUUCAUGGCCGACUUUACACAAUUCUGCUUGCCCCUGUAUCUUAUCCUGAUCUUACGGCACUUGCUCAAUAUUAAUGCAGUACUUGAGCGACAAACCUGGUAUCAUUUGCAUUCACUUGCUAGGGUUGCAAGCCUACCUCGCGAUCUGCUACUUAGUCCCGCUUCCACAAUUGUACUGUUGCUUGUGUCUGUGGGACAGUCUCCUUAAGAUAUUACGUGACCACGUUAU